GCUUUGAAGAAUAAUUGAUUAGCAAGCUAAAAUGGAAGAGUGGUUUCUACUAUACUUAGAAAUUUGAAAUCGGUGAGUGUAUUGACCGGAUGCCCUGAGAGUGAACUUUUGCAAGGCAGAUAAUCCCUUUUAUCUUUGUUAAAGGUAAAGGAGUGAUUAUUUUCUGUGCCCUUCAAUUAACAGUUAAGUACUUCAAUUAAUGUGCAACUAAAUUUGAUCAUGAGUUGGAUCCAUAGGAGAGAUGGGGACAUUUCCAUAGCACACCAACUGGAAAAGAUUGGUGUUCCUUUUGACUUUUAUUGGUUUUUCUGUUAUUCUUUGCAUAAUACUAAAUUCUUAGACCCUGUUUCAUCUUCUCUCAGGUAUGUACAGACCUGAUUUGUCUUCUUCUCAAGAUGGAUGAUCUGUCACGGUUAGUAUACAAUGAAAAUAUAGUUUGCGGGAUGAGCACAGUCAAUCAAAUAGUGACAAUUGGUUAUUCUACUAUUAAGUAGAGAGAAAAUACUUUGUUAAGUGGUCAUUAUAUUAAAAAAAUUUGAAUUCUGCAAAUAAUUUACUGAAAAAGGUAGCUUCUUGGCCUCUUCUUUAUGCCAGGUUAAAAACAUACUUGAGAAGCACAGGAUAGUUUGCAAUUUUUGCUAAUUAUAUUGAUUAAGAGACUGCUAAUACAGGAUUGCUGUUUUGAAGGUAUCCAAUACUCCAAAUAUGGCCAAGUGAUGGACCUCUUGUUAUCACAAAUACAGGGGCAACUCUGAGUUCCUUCCACUUCAGUUAUGGCUAAAUGGACGGGCGUGGAAAAUUAAGAGAUUUAAUUUUUCCGUAGGAAUGGCCCAAACAGGUAGAUAUCGAAGAAUGGGUUUGAUGCAGUUUGAUUUUCGUUUGGGCUGGGCUUACAAAAAAGCCUUAGUUGACGUACUUCAAAAGUCGACGCUUCUGUUCCCCACCAAUGGGCAUGAGCCAUACACAACCCGGUUCAAUCCCGGGAUCAUGAUUCGUGAACGGAUGAACCCAUUUAGAGCAUGUACAAUGGUGGUGCUUUAUUUGCUUGUUCUUGUCUCAAAAUAAAAUAGGUCAAACAGUUGCAAUGCAGUGAUCCCUCAAGACAAGCUUAAAUUUUGCUUUAUUUAAUGAAUACCUCUAAUAUAGCGGCAUCAUUAAAGUUACUUAAUUGCACUUUUGUGUUCGGAUUCAGUAGUGUUAAGUUACAUUUAAAAUGCAUCUUUUUCUUUUUAAUAAUUUAAAUUUAACCCC